AUGCUCGUCACUACGGUCGGCAAAAACACCUCUUGGGGCGAGAUGAUGAGCACAAUUAGCAGAGACUCCAACGAACAAACCCCUCUCCAAUCCCGUCUCAACAACUUAACCUCGUCAAUCGGCAAAGUUGGUCUUCUAAUAGCUUUUCUAGUACUUGUAGUCUUACUGGUUCGCUACUUCACGGGAAACACCAAAGAUGACAACGGAAAUAAAGAGUUCAAUGGAAGUAAGACGAAAGCAGAUGACAUCAUCAAUUCAAUAGUCGGAAUAAUCGCAGCAGCCGUGACUAUCGUGGUGGUGGCGAUCCCCGAGGGGCUGCCGCUGGCCGUGACACUCACUUUGGCAUAUUCCAUGAAAAGGAUGAUGGCGGAUCAGGCCAUGGUGAGGAAGCUAUCUGCUUGUGAAACAAUGGGCUCUGCAACCACCAUUUGUACAGACAAGACCGAGACCCUCACGCUCAACGAGAUGAAGGUGACCCAGUUCUGGCUUGGCAAAGAAUUGAUCUCCGAACAACAUCGUUUGUCUUCAAUUUCAACUAGCCUUCUCGAAUUGCUCCAUGAAGGAGUCGGGUUAAACACCACCGGCUCUGUUUGCUCUACUUCGGGUUCUGGAUCAGGUUUCGAAUUCUCAGGCGCUGCGGAGAUGAUACUCGCAAUGUGCUCGCAUUAUUAUGAUCUCUCUGAAGAAAACAGAGAGAUUGCAAUAGAGCAGAAGAUAGAAGACAAGGAGUUGGUGUUUCUGGGUCUUGUAGUCUCAAGGACCCAUGCCGCCGGGAGUGACAACGGCAGUGGAGCGCUGCCAGCUCGCUGGAGUAAACAAGUUGGGACCGUUGUUGCGGUCACCGGCGACGGUACUAAUGAUGCUCCAGCACUGAAGGAGGCAGAUAUAGGACUUUCUAUGGGAAUUCAAGGAACAGAGGUUGCAAAAGAAAGCUCCGAUAUUGUGAUAUUGGACGACAACUUCGGCUCUGUCGUGGGGACGGUGCGUGUACAACAACAUCCAGAAGUUCCUCCAGUUCCAGCUCAUCGUCAACGUGGCAGCGCUCGCAGUCAACUUUGUGGCAGCCGUUUCUGCGGUGAAGUCCCAUUAACGGCUGUCCAACUCCUAUGGGUGAAUCUAAUCAUGGAUACACUUGGAGCUCUAGCUCUAGCAACCGAGAAGCCCACGGAGGAGCUCAUGGCGGCAGCGCCAGUUGGCCGAUCGGGACCGCUCAUCACCAACAUCAUGUGGCGGAACCUCCUCGCGCAGGCACUCUACCAAAUUACAAUCCUCUUAAUCUUCCAAUUCAAAGGAGAAUCGAUAUUUGGGGUGAGCGAGGGCGUGAACGACACGUUGAUGUUCAAUGCAUUCGUGUUGUGCCAGGUGUUCAACGAGUUCAAUGCGAGGAAGCUGGAGAAGAAGAAUGUGUUUGAGGGGUUCAUAGGAAUAAGCUAUUCAUUGGGAUAG